ACUGGAGGCCGGCUGUGCAGGCGCUCCGGACAGACAGACACAAGGUGAGCGCCUUGGGCUAUGGGAUGGAUGAGGUGGAGCAGGACCAGCAUGAGGCCCGACUCAAGGAGUUGUUUGACAGUUUUGACACGACGGGCACCGGGUCCCUGGGACAGGAGGAGCUCACCGACCUCUGCCACAUGUUGAGCUUGGAGGAAGUGGCCCCAGCGCUACAACAGACAUUGCUUCAGGACAACCUCUUGGGCAGGGUGCAUUUUGACCAAUUUAAAGAAGCAUUAAUACUUAUCUUGUCGAGAACGCUAUCAAAUGAAGAACACUUUGAAGAACCAGACUGCUCACCAGAAGCUCAGCCCAAAUAUGUUAGAGGUGGGAAGCGUUAUGGACGAAGGUCCCUACCUGAGUUUCAAGAAUCUGUGGAGGAGUUUGCAGAGGUGACAGUGAUUGAGCCACUAAAUGAAGAAGCACGGCCUUCACACAUUACAGCCAGCGACUGCAGUGAGCACUGGAAGACACAACACAGUGAGGAAUAUGAAGCAGAAGGCCAGUUAAGAUUUUGGAACCCAGAUGAUUUGAAUGCCUCACAAAGUGGCUCUUCCCCUCCCCAAGACUGGAUAGAAGAGAAAUUGCAGGAGGUUUGUGAAGAUUUGGGGAUCACCCGUGAUGGCCACCUGAAUCGAAAGAAGCUGGUUUCCAUCUGUGAACAGCAUGGUUUACAGAAUGUGGCUGGAGAGAUGCUUGAGGAUGUCUUCCAUAAUCUUGAUCCUGAUGGUACAAUGAGUGUAGAGCGUUUUUUCUAUGGCUUGUUCAAAAAUGGAAAAUCCCUUACUCCAUCAGGAUCUACUCCAUACAGACAAUUGAAAAGGCACCUCUCCAUGCAGUCUUUUGAUGACAGUGGACGACGUACUACAGCCCUGUCAACGAUGACUGGCACCAUUGGCUUUCGAGUCUUUUCCUGCCUGGAUGAUGGGAUGGGCUAUGCAUCUGUGGAGAGAAUCCUUGACACCUGGCAGGAAGAGGGCAUUGAAAACAGCCAGGAAAUCCUGAAGGCCUUGGAUUUCAGCCUUGAUGGAAAUGUCAACUUGACGGAAUUGACACUGGCUUUUGAAAAUGAACUUUUGGUCACCAAGAAUGGCAUUCACCAGGCGGCUCUGGCCAGCUUUAAGGCUGAGAUCCGGCAUUUGCUGGAGCGAGUUGAUCAGGUGGUCAGAGAAAAAGAGAAGCUACGGUCAGAUCUGGACAAGGCUGAGAAGCUCAAGUCUCUAAUGGCCUCAGAGGUGGAUGAUCACCACGCAGCCAUAGAGCGACGGAAUGAGUACAACCUCAGGAAACUGGAUGAAGAGUACAAGGAGCGCAUAGCAGCCUUAAAAAAUGAACUUCGAAAGGAGAGAGAGCAGAUUCUGCAACAGGUGGGCAAGCAGCGUUUGGAACUUGAACAAGAAAUUGAAAAGGCAAAAACAGAAGAAAACUACAUCCGGGACCGCCUCACCCUCUCUUUAAAGGAAAACAGUCGUCUCGAAAGUGAGCUUUUGGAAAAUGCAGAGAAAUUGGCAGAGUACGAGAAUCUGACAAAUAAACUACAGCGAAAUUUGGAGAAUGUGUUAGCAGAAAAGUUUGGUGACCUCGAUCCCAGCAGUGCUGAAUUCUUUCUGCAAGAAGAGAGGCUGGCACAGAUGAAGAAUGACUAUGAACAGCAGUGCAGAGUGUUACAAGACCAAGUGGAUGAACUGCAGUCUGAACUGGAAGAGUAUCGUGCACAAGGCAAAGUGCUCAGACUUCCCCUCAAGAACUCCCUUUCAGAAGAGCUUGAUGGUAACAGCGGUGGCAUUGAGCCUGACCAGGGGCUUGGUUCUGAAGAGUGCAAUCCAUUGAAUAUGAGCAUUGAGGCAGAACUGGUCAUCGAACAGAUGAAAGAACAACAUCACAGGGACUUGUGUUGCCUAAGACUGGAACUUGAAGAUAAAGUGCGCCAUUAUGAAAAACAGCUAGAUGAUACUAAGGCCACCUGUGAAAAGGAGCAAGAGAACUUGAAGCAAAAGUAUGAGGAUGAAAUACACACCUUGAAAAAGCAAAUCAGUGGCCUGAAAAAUGAAAUUGCAGAACUUCAGGAGCAGGCAGUAGUGCUAAAGGAGACACAACAAAAGACUAACUGCAGACACCAGGAGGAAAAACAACAACUACAAAUGAAGUUUGUUGAAGAACAGACUCAUCUGCAGGAAAAGCUAAGGCUGGAACAUGAAAUAGAGCUCAAAGCUAGACUGUCACAGAUAGAGGAAAGCUUUAACCGAGAGAGGGAAGGACUCAUUCAUAAUGGCACCUGGGCAGAAGAGAAGGUGAGAGACUUAACUCAGGAACUAGAACAGUUUCACCAGGAGCAGUUGAAAAGUCUGGUGGAGAAGCAUACUCUUGAAAAAGAGGAGUUGCAAAAAGAGCUCUUGGAAAGGCACCAAAGAGAACUUCAAGAGGGGAGGGAAAAAAUGGAAACUGAGUGUAAUAGAAGAACCUCUCAGAUAGAAGCCCAAUUUCGGGCUGAUUGCCAGAAAGCCACUGAGAGAUAUGAAGAUGCACUGCAAAGCCUGGAGGGGCACUACCGCCAAGAGCUGAAGGAUCUCCUAGAACAGCAACGUGAGGAGAAAUCCCAGUGGCAGUUUGAAAAGGAUGAGCUCACCCAAGAGUGUGCAGAAGCCCAGGAGCAGCUCAAAGAGACUAUUCAAAGAGAGAAAGCAACUUCUCUGGCCUUGACCCAAGAGAGAGAGAUGCUAGAGAAAACAUACAGAGAACAUUUGAACGGUAUGGUUGUUGAGAAAGAGCAGCUGCUCAAAGACCUGGAGGAUCUAAAAUAUGUGUCUGAAAAUAAGCAAAGGCUACUGUCCAACCAAAUACUUGAACUGAAGAGCAGUCAUGAAAAAGAGCUGAAGGACCAUCAGUGGGUCCUGUGCCAGGCAGGGGCCUCAGAGCAGCUGGCCAGCCAGCAGCUUGAGAAAGUAGACAUGGAACAUGAGCAGGGGAGGCAGGAAAUGAUGUCCAAGCUUCUGGCCAUGGAAAGCAUCCACAAAGUAACUUGUGAGAAAGCAGAUCGAGAGAGGGAUGAGAUGAGCGCAGAAAUCUCCAGGCUUCAGAAUAAAUUAAAGGAAAUGCAGCAGGCAGCAUCUCUGCUCUCUAGACUUGAGAGUGGCUGCCAGGCAGUGGGAGUGGGGGAGGCAGAAGGAAAUGGUGCCAUGUCCCUGCUGCAGCAAGGGGAGCAGCUGUUGGAAGAAAAUGGAGAUGUCCUCUUAAGCCUGCAGAGAGCUCAUGAACAGGCGGUGAAAGAAAAUGUGAAAAUGGCUACUGAAAUUUCUAGGUUGCAGCAAAGGCUGCAAAAAUUAGAGCCAGAAUCAGUAAUGUCUUCUUGUUUAGAUGAACCAAGUACUGAAUUUUUGGGAAAUUCUCUGGAACAAACAGAGCCGUUUUUAUUGCAAGACAGAAUAAAGAAAGUAGAAGGUGUAACCAAGAGGCAUAUCCUAAGUGACUUGCAAGACGAUGAGACCAGAGAUCUGGGAAGUACAGACACCAGCUCUGUUCAAAGGCAGGAGGCCAAAAUAGAGUCUGAAGCAUCAAUAGAGAGUUUUUCUGAGCUUGAAAAUAGUGAAGAGACCAGAGCUGAGACCUGGGACCUGAGGAUUCAAAUUAGUCAGCUUCGCGAACAACUAACACUCUUACGUGCUGACUGCAACCGAGCUUCUGAAAAGAAACAGGACCUUCUUUUUGAUGUUUCAGUGCUCAAAAAGAAACUAAAGAUGCUUGAGAGAAUCCCUGAGGCAUCUCCCAAGUACAAGUUGUUAUUUGAAGAUGCUAGUAGAGAAAAUGACUGUCUUCAAGAAGAGCUGAGAGUGAUGGAGACUCACUAUGAUGAAGCACUGGAAAAUAACAAAGAACUUGCUUCAGAGGUGUUCAGAUUGCAAGAAGAGCUCAAGAAAGUUGAAGAAGUGACUGAGACAUUACAUAGCCUAGAAAAGAGUUAUGAUGAAGUCAAAGGAGAAAAUGAGGAGCUGCAUGUUCUGGUUUUGAGACUUCAAGGAAAAAUUGAGAAGCUGCAGGGACAAUCAGUGCUACAAUGUGACUGCUUCUCAUUAUGGGAAGCCCAUUUAGAUAACCUGCAAGUUGAACCUGAUGAGAAGGUACUUGAACUAAAUCAGACACUGGAAGAGUGUGCACCAGCAUAUACAAAUGUACACCAUGUUAUAGAAGAACAUAAACAAGAAAACCGAUGCCUUGAGCAGGAGAAUACACGACUCCUAGAAAAAGUAAAAGCCCGUGAAGUUGCUUGGUUACAAGGAACAAUUCAGGCACAUCAAGAAAAGCCAAGAAUGCAGAACCAGGUCACACUGGAAGAAAAUACUUCCCUUCUAGACCUUCAAGACAAACACUUUCAGCGUCAAGCCACAAUAGCAGAGUUAGAGCUAGAGAAAAUAAAACUACAAGAACUGACUAGAAAGUUGAGGGAAAAAGUCACUACUUUAGUUAAACAAAAAGAUAUACCUUCACAAAGAGAAAAGGAGGAAGAGCUGAAGUCAAUGAUGCAUGACUUGCAAAGCACAUGCAGUGAAAUGCAGCAGAAAGUUGAACUUCUGAGAUAUGAAUCUGAGAAACUUCAUGAGGAAAAUUCUAUUUUGAGAAAUGAAAUUACUAGUUUAAAUGAAGAAGAUAGCGUUUCUAACCUGAAAUUAGGAAAAUUAAAUGGAUCUCAGGAAGAAGUGUGGAAAAAAAUAGAAACUGUGAAAAAGGAAAAAGAUGCAGUUCAGAAGAUGGUAGAAAAUUUAAAGAAACAGAUUUCAGAAUUAAAAGCCAAAAACAAACAGUUGGAUUUGGAAAAUAUAGAACUUAGCCAAAAGAACUCUCAAAAUCAGGAAGAACUGGAAAAACUUAAUCAACGUCUGGCAGAAGUGCUACCCCAGAAAGAAAGAGAACCAGGGCACUGUACAUUCAAGGAACAGGAACAAGAAAGGUGUAAUCUGAAAGAAGAACUGGAACGUUGCAAAGAGCAGUCUUCCACUUUAGUCUCUUCCCUGGAGGCAGAACUUUCUGAAGUUAAAAUGCAGACCCAUAUGGUGGAACAGGAAAACUUCCUUCUCAAAGAUGAACUGGAGAAAAUGAAACAACUGCACAGAUGCCCGGAUCUCUCUGACGUCCAGCAAAAAAUUUCUAGUGUCCUAAGCUACAACGAAAAGCUGCUCAAAGAGAAGGAAGCUCUAAGUGAAGAAUUAAGUAGCUGUAUGGAAAAGUUAGCAAAAUCAAGUAUCUUAGAGCACAAAAUUGCUACUAUGAAGCAGGAACAGAAGUCAUGGGAGUGCCAGAGUGAAAGCUUAAAAUCACAGCUGGUGGCCUCACAGGGAAAGGUCCAAAGUUUAGAAGACACCCUGCAGAAUGUGAAUCUGCAAAUGUCCCAGAUUAAAUCUGACCUACGAGUGACUCAGCAGGAAAAGGAUACUUUAAAACAAGAAGUGAUAUCUUUAUGUAAGCAACUUCAGAAUGCUGGUAACAAGAACAGGGCCCCAGAGAUAGCUACACAUCCAUCAGCGUUCCAUAACCAGCAGAAAAGGCUGUCUUGGGACAAGCUAGAUCAUUUGAUGAAUGAGGAGCAGCAGCUGCUUUGGCAGGAGAAUGAGAGACUUCAAACUGUAGUGCAGAACACCAAAGCAGAACUCACGCACUCCCGGGAGAAGGUUCGUCAACUGGAAUCUAGCCUUCUUACCCACAGGCACCAAAAACAUCUAAACCCACCAAGUACUGUGAAACCUACAGAACAGGAGAAGUUGAGCUUAAAGAGAGAGUGUGAACAGUUUCAGAAAGAACAAUCUCCUAAUAGGAAGGUCAGUCAGCUGAAUUCCCUUGAACGAGAAUUAGAAACAAUUCAUUUGGAAAGUGAAGGCCUGAAAAAGAAACAAGUAAAACUGGAUGAGCAGCUAAUGGAGAUGCAGCACCUGAGGUCCACUGUGAUGCCUAGCCCAUCCCCUCAUGCUUGGGAUCUGCAGCUGCUCCAGCAGCAAGCCUAUCCGAUGGUGCCCAGGGAGCAGUUUCUGCAGUUUCAGCACCAGCUGCUGCAGGCAGAAAGGAUCAACCAGCACCUGCAGGAGGAACUUGAGGACAGGACCUCCGAAACCAACACGCCACAGGCCUUGCUACCGGAGCAGCGAGCAGUGCAUGCAGAUUCCUACAGAAGGAUUGGGCACCUGUGAAAACUGGGCUGCUAUUGAUGGCAUUUCUUACCAUGGCAGAUACUCAGAUGCACACAUCCACACACCACACAAACACAGAGACAUAAGCUGAAAUGUUUUGGAAUCAAGUGCUCUUUUAAAUUAUUUUACUCUUACUAUUAUUAUUGUUAAGCCUCACAGUAUUAUGUCUCUUAUUUAUUUAUGUAGAAAUGACAGAUUUUGUGAAUCAAAUUCACAAAUACCAGCUUGUUACAAAUCAUUUUAUUUAUGCCAUUUAAAGAGUGUGAAUUUGAAAUUCUUGAAAUGAUGUAUUCUAUAUAUUUUCUCAUUCCAUAUGUUGUAACUAUUUUUAACAAAAGGACCUACUUUUGUAUAUGGAAUUUGAAAAUCAGGACUAUUUAUACUGUUUUGUAUAAGUUGUAUAAAACUUUUUGACAGGAAAAAGGAAAAUUUUGAUGAAACAAUAAAAUAAAUUUUAAAUAUA